GCAAACCAGCCUGGGAGAGAAAUGAGCACUCAGCAGAGUCCUCCAGCUGCUUCCAGCUAUCCUUUCUCUGCUCCGGUGACAGCAGCGCAGGUGCAGGGAAGAAACCUGGAGGCUCUCCCAGGGUGCCUGAGAACUCCAAGAAGAUGAGAGCAACUGCAGGAGGAGAUGAAUGAGGCUGUUGCUCAAUAGUCUUCCAGGGACAAAGACAAGGUGACUCACUGCUCAGAAGGAAACCUUGGAUGAGGUCUCAUGCCCUGCCACAGUGGGUAACUCUAACACAACACCAAGGGCCCUCCAAGACACAUGUGUCACAAGAAAACAGACAUGGCCACAGAGCGAGCUGAACGUAACCCAAACGCCUCCACCCACCUCAGCUUUGCUGCAAUUUACAACCUCCACGAUGGAGAUUUCAGCUCCUUGCGGAACUUCUCCUUCCCUUUCAAUUUCACUUACAGUGACUACGACCUGCCCCUGGACAGCGAAGACGACAUGACCAAAACUCCCACCUUCUUUGCGGCCAAGAUCGUGAUUGGGGUGGCCCUGGUUGGCAUGAUGUUGGUCUGCGGCAUCGGCAACCUCGUCUUCAUCGCUGCCCUCGUCCGCUACAAGAAGCUGCGGAACCUCACCAACCUGCUGAUUGCCAACCUGGCAAUCUCGGACUUCAUCGUGGCCAUCGUGUGCUGCCCCUUCAAGAUGGACUAUUACGUGGUGCGGCAGCUGUCCUGGGAGCACGGCCACAUCCUCUGCGCCUUGGUCAACUACCUACGGACUGUCUCCCUUUAUGUUUCCACCAAUGCUCUCCUGGCUAUAGCUGUUGACAGGUAUCUGGCCAUUGUUCACCCACUAAAACCACGCAUGAAUUACCAAACAGCAACCUUCCUCAUCGCCUCGGUCUGGAUUGUCUCCAUACUUCUAGCUAUCCCAUCUGCGUACUUUGCUACUGAAACGGUGUUAUUUAUAGUGAAAAACCAGGAGAAAAUUUUCUGUGGCCAAAUUUGGCCAGUUGACAAGCAAAUAUACUACAAAUCGUACUUCCUCUUCAUCUUCGGCAUUGAAUUUGUGGUACCCGUGAUCUCAAUGACUUUGUGUUAUGCCAGGAUCUCUCAGGAGCUUUGGUUUAAAGCCGUCCCAGGAUUCCAGACAGAACAGAUCCGAAAAAGGCUUCGAUGCAGAAGGAAAACUGUUAUGGUCCUGAUGUGCAUCCUGACUGCCUAUGUUCUCUGCUGGGCACCUUUCUAUGGCUUCGCAAUUGUCCGGGACUUCUUCCCCACCAUCAUCGUGAAAGAGAAGCAUUAUCUCACUGUCUUUUACAUAGUUGAUUGCAUUGCCAUGAGUAACAGCAUGAUAAACACCAUGUGUUUUGUAGCUGUGAAAAACAACACCAUGAAGUACUUCAAGAAGAUCAUGUUGCUCAGAUGGAGAUCAACGUAUAAUGGAAGCAAAUCCAGCACAGAUUUGGACCUGAGAACAAGUGCAAUGCCAGUCACAGAGGAAGUAGACUGCAUAAAACUGAAAUAAAUUUUCUGCAGUUCAACUCUCAUCUGUUUUGGAGAGGGGGUUAAAGAGGAAAUAAUGUCUCCUCAGAAGCUUCUCCCUUGUCUGUGGGAAUACCCACUAUUGGUGAGAUCCCUCAAAAAGCAGCCUGCAUUCCCACCAGAACUCUUCUCAGUGGACUUCUAGAUAAUAUCCCUAACUCUGUGUCUUACAACAUCCCUAAGACUGAUGCUGUGCUUCAGGUCACUCAUCUGUAAAUUUGAGAUGUAGACACUCAUUUUAGAGUUAAGAAGAACAAUAAAGUCUGUGAAUGCAUUAGACCGUAAUACAACAACGGAAGAGUUGAGUGCUGAUCCCAGCAGUGACGCCUCUCUUAAGAGAAACCUCUUAAACCCUUUGAUCUUAUCACUUGUCCCUUUAAGCUAUUUAGUGUCCUUUUCCUUCUGCUCAGGAGAGGAAGGAUGGCAAAAAAAGCCCAUUUGUCACUCUUUAACCUCUAAAUUUACCCCUCAUCACGAAGGUCCUUGAAAUCUACACACCACCAGCUUCCUACUGUCUAAUGUGCAGCACGCUCUCAUGAAAGGCACAUGCUCUACAAAGCUGAAACCUGCUUCACAGUCUAGUGAAAAACCUCAAGCCUCUUCCUGUGACACCUUGUUUAAGAAUGUUUUAUCACCAUUCCACUCUGUAGUUUUAUGAAGAGUGCUACUCUCUCAUGCAUUUGGAAAUGGCACAGAUACAU